UCCUUCUCCUCCUCCUCUUGCUACUGUAACUGCCCCGCACAUCAUCAACUUCGUGUACAAUACUAUCAUUAGUGAGGGGAGCUUUGGAUGCUGCUCAUGUUUUAAGGCUGCUGUCCUUAACAAAACCAGGCUGAUAUUUUUCCACGGCGCUCGUACUCUGAAGCUUGCAGUUGUCAUUGCAGCUAACGUAUUGCAUUGUGUUGUAUCGGCGUCGAGGUUGUGUACCGCCAGGUGGUGGCUGUGGUGGUGGUGGCGCUUGUGUAAUCUUUCCCCUGUAGUCUGAGAAACUGGGUGCUGCUGUGCAUGAUCUUAUAAGUGGAGGUGUGUGUUAAGAGGCCAGCUCGUGCAACAGCCCACGCAUUUGGACUCUCCUCACACUUAUUGUCCAGGUGGGUGCCAAGCCAUGCGGGUGCUACGGUGGCUGUGUACCUGUUGAGGCGAGCAAUGCCACCAACCGAAGCCAGGUAAAAGGCUGUCGUUAUGAAUCUAAUGGACUUGGGUUUUUGAAUUUCAAACCCUAUUACAGGAGACUUGAAUGAGCCCAAUCCAUUGCUUGGUGGAAAAAAAAUAGCAAAAGCACAGAUCCUGAUCUCAGAUUUGCAUAAUUGGUGUUGGGGGAGCGACAUUACUGAGUAUUGCACGCAUCCCGAUGCAUCGGAUUGCACCGUGCGCUCCCAACCGUCUCUAGCUAGGGAUGUGUUUCUCCUGCCGUGUGGAAAAUGAUUUGGGCCGAUGCUUUCGUUGUGCCGAAUAUGGAAAGAAGAAAACGGACGAACGUUUGAAUUUCGAAAGGGGUUUGUUCGGAUUCCAUCACCGGGAAAAUGCCUCGACGACAUCGAAGCUUCCAGAUUGAUUACGGUAUUAAAUAUAGUGAGGGAAUUUACCAAAAGGAAAAGACGAUGUCCUUACCGUGAUCACCGAACAGCACAGACAACCAGACAGUAGGAAAUCAACCAGAUUCGAAACCAACCUGUUGCAACUCUUUCUCAACGCCCCACGAACACAGCGAUGCAACACGGGCGAUUGCUAGGCUACAUUAUAGGGUAGUAUACCUUAUUCUAUAAGGUCAAAACCUUAAAUCCCCAUUAGAGCUGGAAAUUUUGGUAUUAAUUUUAUUCCAGGAUACAUCUCUGGCCAUUUUCCAGGCUCUGAGCAAAAGGGCCAGAGUGUCAAAGCUAACAUGUGGUCUUCGGCGCUCAUGCUGCGCCGCCUUCCUCGUGUCAGCUCGGUGCUCGCUCGUCACUCCGCUCUCCAACUCUAUUGAUCCCUUCACCCUCUCAUGCUCAAACCGGUUUUCUGUUUGUUCGACCUGGUGGAGCUGCUCAGGACACAUGAGUCUUCGAUGUGCAGACCCCGAUCGAUGCAGAAUCGAAUAGGGAGCUUUCAAGUUAGAUCCUGGAGGAGACGAAGGAAAGCCUGAUUCUCAGGAGCGUGGGAGGUUGGAGCCGUUUGGUGGAGUAGAUCUAGCUGAUUUGCAGGAGCUUGAAUCUAUAGGAGGGCACUGCAGUAGUUUUGAUGUUUUUGCUAAGUGCUACCUGGAAUCUGGGUGUGUAGAGGAAUGACAGUAAGGGGUGGAGCAGUUGAAUGGACUUGCUCUGAUGAGAAAUCUUUGUCGGGAAGGGAUCUAUCGCAACAUGGUCGGGUAGCAUUGUGACUGCCAGGUAGUUCCAUGCCAGCUGCGAUCCGAGUCUAGUCUACACGUUGUGAGUUGACAGACGUGGUCUGCAGCGAGCUAGAAGCGUGACGGACUGCAACCCUCUUUGUAAUACUUCAGCUUUUUCGCGGGGCCGAGUGGCUACUUUUCUUCCCGUGGUGGGUAUCGGGGUAAGGUCUGCCGCCUGCGGACCGCGAGAACAUGGGCCUAAAAUGCGUAGGUAAUGAAGAGGACAUGCAAUUGGUGUUAACUAUGGGAAGCUUGAAGGGAAAUUGCCGUUGACUGAAGUCCUGCCUCACGUGUGGCUUCGGGAUGUUCAGGGACAUUUGCAAUGGGUAAGCCAUGGCCGAAGUGCAUGUGGAAGGGGAGUUCGGGAUUAGGGGGGAGGAUGGAAGUGAGCAGGGAUCCCUGAUGAGGGUCGAUUUGAAGUAGACGUCCCAUUUGCACCCUGCCGGCAAGAUGUGUCCCAUGUGUGAGAAGAGAGCGCAGCUUGUAUUUCAGCAACAAGCCGUUGUAGAGUCCACUGCCGCAAGCAAGGCAGCAGGUUCUUCUCAGGCGGGGGGAAAAUCCUACCUCUUUCGAAACCCCUUCAAGUCGUGCAAGAACUUGACUCACCAGUGCUGCUCCCCGUUAUGUGAGAGCCAACGCACGUCGAUUGCUUCUAUGCGCAGAUCGUCCGUGCGACCUACUCCCACUUCAGAUCAUUCUGAGGAGCUGAACUCAAAUCUCCUAGAUGAUAUCUAUCUUGUGUUGGAGUCUCCUCUGAGUGUGGAGUCUUUGCAUUUGAAAGAAAACCAACCACCAGCGCAAAAAGUUCCGCAGGGGUUGCCAGAACCAGCCGAAGAGCCCGCGGAGCCGAGGAGGAAACGAAUAGGCUUGCUGACGCGGUUGAGGCUUCUCACUUAUGGCACCUCACAAGGAGAGGUCGAGAAGGGUUUGCAGCGGGAGUCCAUUUGCAGGGAUUCCAAUCUCACAACUCGCGGGACGAAUGUCAUAGCUGUGACAGAUAAUCUCAACCAUGAGGAUCAUCAUGUUCGAGGAAGUGUUGUCGACACGCCCUCAAAUGCAACCGUGCUGGCUGCCGAAUCGUCUUUAGAUACGGUCUCCGAGAUCAGCCUCAAUGUGACAGAAACGAACGUCUCCGAGACGACGAUGAUGUCUAUGAUGAAUAUGAAUGGCAGUUUCUGCUCCCCGUUUGAUGUUUCCUACCGAGGGUCCACGCUCAAGUCGAGUACAUACGACGACGACGCGAGCAGCUUUGCCAUUGUGCCUCGAACGAGCAUGCAAUCCAGCUUCGUGCAGGACUGGGAGAGUGAUGCGAGUGGGCUUUCGGAUAGGUUUGGGGAGCUUGACAUCGGCUAUUUGUCGUUGGAGGAGAGUGGGGAAGGUCCCGACAUCGACGACACCGUGUCGAUUUCUUCGUCUCAAUGUGACGAUUUGGAACUACACAUGCACCCUGAAGAUGACACGGUAUCAGAGUCCGACUUGGAUCAAGACUACAGCGUCAGCACAGAUUCGCAAGAGUGGUGCACUGAAACCGAUGAUACGGCGUCGGUGUUGGACCGAUUGAGAGGUCACCACCGAACCCGAAGCAAGAACCAUCACCAUCUCCACCUUCCCGUCCUUCAAACAACGCCCCCUCAUAACGUCACCCGGCCACAUCAUGACCUCCACCUUCCUGAGCUACAGGCCACACCACCUCACGAUCUUACCCCGCCCUCUCUACCACACCAGCAACUAUCGGAUGCGAACAUAACAGACUCUCCACUAAGUGAAGAUCCUCCCAACCAGACACCUGACGUCAAUGAAGCUACAUUGGAAGAGGCCCAACCACCAGAGAAGCAGGUGAGUCCGCUUGAGACACCGAAGAGCGUCGAGUUUUCAUGCUCACGGUGCGGGCGCAAGGAGAAGAAGCCUGAUCCAGAAAGCUAUCCACAACCGACGACAAAGAAGUUGACUCGCAAGGACAAUGUCAUGUCGUCAUACUUCCAUACCUUCAUGGAUGGUUCUGACCAGGCCUUGAUGGCAGGCAAAGUGGCCGUCCUCUUGGGAAAAUAUGGUAACCGGAAGGGACUCAGAGUGGCUGGACUGCCACCCGGGACAAGGGAGUUUCACAAUGAGGUGAAAUUGUCUGCGGAUGAGCUGCAGAGACUGCGGAGCAUCAUUUGCCCCAACAAUGACGCUGUGACGUCGUUCCAGAACGAGGUGGCGCGCAUGAUGCUGGAAGGAGUGGACGUGCCGAAUCUCAACAUGGACGUUGAGCAGUUCAUUGCGGGUUACAUGAAGCUUAAUUCGCCGUUCUACAUCGAUCUCAUUGAAGAUUUCUUCAAGUCUGUCUGCAUUGAUUGCUUUGGCCACAUGGAGGAAGUGGGGAGAGAUAAGUCUGGGCAUCAACGUCCUGCGUACACCGUGUUGAAGCCGAAAAAGGGCCCCAAGAGCGCUGUAAAGCACACCGGCAAGAGAUAGUCUCAUGCUCUGGCGGUGUCCAGGGCUGUCUGCGAUAAGUUCUCUAGUCUUCGUGAUCCUGUACAGAUUCAUUUAACUCUCCCGAAAAUUUUGUUCGAUGUUGAAUGAUUGUGGCCUCAUGGCUUGUAGAAUAAUGUGGUACAUCGGUCUGAUGUAGGUAAUGGUAGCGAAGCGGGAGAUUUCUAGGCAAUCGCUUAGGAUUCAGAUUUUUUAAAAUGAAAACCUCAUUGUAGACAUUAGGUCUAGACAGCAACUUCGAUUCAAGGUGGGUUGAAGUAAAAUAGCCUCCUGGAUCUUUCACCUGCAGUUCUAGUUUCAACUCAAGAGUUUGUUCAUCACUACAUCCUGAUUCCUGGUGCGGCUGAUUGCCAUAGCUUGUCUAUCGAAUUCUGUCCAUUACUUGCACCAACCUGAUCAGUACAGAUUCCUCUAGACGGUAGGUUUCGUUUUCGGGAUGCGCUUGCUGUCGAAGUUCUUAUCCUUAACUGAGUAGCCUUCUAAGUUCGCUACCCAUGAUUCGA